AUGAUGGCCGAUGAAACCAAUACCACGGCCCCCAAGCCGGAAUCGACUCAUCUUGAAGCCCCAACCGAUGUGGACAAGAUCAAAAAUGGGGAUAAGGCGCUUGCUCUGUUCGACAACCUCGACGAUAUACAUGUAGGCUUCGAGCCAGGCGAGGAGAAGAGAUUGGUACGCAAGAUUGACAUGAUGAUUCUUCCUUUCUUGUCAGUCUGUUAUGCUUUCUACUAUAUCGACAAAACCACACUAUCAUACGCAGCAAUUUUUGGAAUCCAGGAAGACUUGAACCUAUCAGGAGCCGAGUACAGCUGGCUUUCAAGCGUGUUUUACUUUGGAUUUUUGGCUUGGAGUUUUCCAACAAAUUUGUUGAUGCAAAAGUUCCCUAUAGGUAAAUAUCUAGGGGUGAACAUCUUUGGGUGGGGGUUCUUCCUGAUGCUGCAAGCUGCCGCCAAAAACUUCACACAACUUGCGGUUCUGCGAGUUAUUUCAGGAGCAGCAGAGGCAUGCAGCGAUCCUGCAUUCAUGUUGAUCACAGCGAUGUGGUAUACUCGACGUCAGCAGCCCAUACGAAUUGGCCUCUGGUACACGGCUAAUGGGUUCGGAAUCGCCCUCGGUGGCUUGCUUGGAUAUGGAAUCGGUCAGAUUGAAGGAGCCCUGGCAUCAUGGAAAUAUGAGUUCCUGAUCAUUGGCGCGCUUUGCUGCGCUUGGGGCAUUGUAAUGAUCAUAUUCCUUCCAGACUCUCCAGUCACUGCACCCCAGCUCUCUGAACAUGAACGACGAAUGGCAGUCGAGCGACUGAGAGACAACCAAACUGGCAUCGAAAAUCGCAAUAUGAAACCACGACAAAUCUUUGAAGCGCUGACAGACUGGAAAGUCUGGAUUUUCUUUCUUCUUGGUUUUAGUGGAAACAUUCCAAACGGUGGGAUCUCCAAUUUUGGGACAUUGAUUAUCAAGGGAUUUGGCUACUCAACCUCAAAUGCUGACCUUCCAGUGGUGACAACGCUCAUGCAGAUCCCCUACGGAUGUUUCAUCGCAGUAAUGAUUCUCGCUGCUGUCUUCAUCAAUGAUUCACUACCGAGAAACAACCGAUGCGCCGUCGCCAUAUUCUUCGUCGUACCUACACUCGCAGGCUCACUGGGAUUGAACUUCGUGCCCGACUCUAAUAGUGUAGCCAGACUCAUCUGCUACUACUUGACCGGCUCUUACAAUGCAUCAUUCGUCAUCAUUCUCUCCCUUGUCACAUCCAACAUAUCCGGACACACCAAAAAGUCCGUGACCAACGCGAUGAUCUUCCUAGGUGUCUGUACUGGAAAUAUAGCCGGUCCAUUCUUUUACAAAUCAAGCCAAGCGCCGCAGUACACCUUGGGCAUUUGGUCCAUGGUCGUUGCCAAUUUGAUCGAAAUCGGCUUGAUUGUCCUCCUGGCCAUCGGGUUGGCACUUGAGAACAAACGUCGCGAUUCCAUUCAAAGUACACAGGAGGGAGUUGAUGAUUAUACGCGGCAGCUCGAGCUGGAUCGCACAGCAUUUAGCGACUUGACAGACAAGGAAAACUUGAAUUUCCGCUACGUGUACUGA